ACGGACACCGCUUUUUACAACGUGACUUUGUGAUAAGACAUCUUGCUAGGACUGCGGGCUGUCGGCCAAUUACCAAUUCGCGAUAAAAUGGAGAACACCCCGUCCCUUAAGUUUCCAAAGUUGACAGCUGCUGCAACAAUUCUGCCUGGGAUAAUUGGCCCUGCACCAAAGGCGGGCACUCAAGGAGCGCAGGCGCAGCCUGCCCAGCACAGCGAUUUUCGGGCAGUCUGCGCCGACGACUCAAAGCCAAUACUGAGCGACCUUGGUUCGAGUGGCUACUGCACUCGCGUAGUGUUAUUGCCGCCGGGCACGCGCUGGGGACUCUGAAGGACGUGGAGGCCAUGACGGUGGACCUCCGAUUUUCGUCUGCAAGGCGUCUGCAAUAGACGCGGGCUAGAGCUACGGGCUAUAAUGCAGCUGCUACGACGGCCUGCACAUCCGGCAAGACUGCUUGAUGAGGCGCAAGGGCCGCCUGGCGCUCGGGCUACAAGGCGCCGUGCGGUGGCUGCCGGGGCUGCAACUGGGAGUAAAAGGAGGAGAGGCCCCGGUGAAGCCCUCGCUUAAGUUUCAGCAAGUCUUCGGCAAGUCGAGAAGGUUGCAAAGAUGUGCCACAGUGCGCGGCGUGUGCGUGUUUUGCUUUCUUGUGAGCUUUGGGCUGUUGUGCCCGCACGAACCGGGGGACUUGCCGGCUCAGAACGAUCGGCUUGUGUAAAUGGACAACGUGGUGAUUCUUAAGUGUUUUCACGAUAGCGCGCUGAAAGAUUGCGCCUUCGUGCGCGUGUCUCUGGGCAGCGCCGUGUGAACUUGUUCUAGGUAGGCCCAAGUGCACUGCUCGGUGACCACGGUAACAUGCAAGCCCAGGUCAGGGCUGUGUAGGAAAGCGCCUGUGUACGGCAGGGAUUAGAAACAGCGUCAUCCCGCAGCACUUGGAGGCAGGCAAGAGGUCCCAAGGCGGUAGCCUGUGCAGGGCUGGGUGUUGGGCUGUGUUGGAAGGCCGGCACCGUGGGUAUGGCUGGGGGUGGAACAUAGUGAGAGCACCGCGCAGGCACCCAUGAGCAGAAGGGCAGUAGUAAGGGUAGUAGAUGGCAAUUGAAUGGACUUUUGCAGGCAGCCCAGUACAUGCAUGCAUACUGUGCGCCGCUUCGGAUUGUUCAAGUGACCUGGCCAUGGAAGUGGUUUUAGCUGAGCGUGGCGGAAGCCUGCACAGUCACACGUUGCCAGGGGCUCUGGGGGGCCUCAUGGUGGUGUGCGCCAUGUGGUGUUCGAGGGCGUGGCUGGCAUGCGCUAGGAGACAGGGGAGGAGGCAGUGGCAGCCUGCAGCUUGAGGCGGUCUGCGCCUGCGGCCGACAGGAGCUUGUGGGGGUAUGUCUGGUUCCCAGGGCUGUGGUUGCCACGGGGGUUGACUUCAUGGGUGUGGGAGCUUUAAGACGGCAUUGGAUUUGCAAACGCGUGCCAGCGUGGAUCGGGGGUGUGCGGGUGGCAGGCAACGUGCGGUGAUCCGGGAAAGGACCUGCACGGUGUCGAAACACACGCAGCUGAGCCGCGAAUCUGCGCGCUGUCCUGUAAACGACUUCUUUU